GCCAUAUUCUUUUUGCAAGCACUGCGGUCAGCUCAAGCGUGACUCCGUCCAGUAUGGUUCGGCCUGGUCGUCAGACAAAUCUCUUGCCAUGUUCGGUGACGGCCCCAGCUCCUCUGGGAAGAGUGGCGAGAAGGGCGUUUCUGGUUCAGGCAAAGGAGUUGCUGGCGCCCCACCUUCUGCUGGUGCUCCGAAGCUCUCCGCGGACGAGUACCUACAGUUGGCAUCUCUUCACGACAAGAUGGGCGACUCUCGGGCAGCAGCUGCGCAUCGCACCGCGGCUGCGGCACUGUCGGCGCCCGCCCCAGCUUCUGUCUCGGUGCAGGCCCUUCUCAACAAGGCUCACCAGAAGGCUCGAACCAUCGAGAAGAAGUUGGAGAGCGCCGUCAGCAAGUUCGAGAUGCUGGAGGCUCAACUCGCGGCGCAGAGGAACCAAGUUCUGGUCCUUCGCAGCGGCCUGGAGCAGGCCGAAGGCGAACAUGGUGAGCCCGUUCGGCGCCUACAUGACGAGCUGCCGAGCACAGGCCCUCCGUCGGACACGGCCUCGGGCACGAAGCUCUGCUUGGAGGAUCUGCUGGACGAGAAGCGCUUCUCUCAGAUGUUCGACCCUGGUGUGGGAGAUUGCUUCACGAUCACCGACGACGAGCAGCUCUCACCUGAUGAGGCCAAGCAGUUGGCAGAUCGUGUGGACCUCUUCAAGUCUGGCAUCACGGACAUGACACGCUCCCUGCUCGCUGAGGCCAGAGCUAAAGUGGAUUCGUUACGUGAGGAACACAAGCAGUUGUCUCAGCGUAUUGCCAAGAAGCGCAAGACGGUUGGUGGUGCGGUGGUCGACGGAGCUGGCUGCGACGGGCUCGGCUUCUCCUACCACUCCGUCAAGUACCAGGGCGCGUGCUGGCAGGAUUGCUGGAGCUGCCUCUGA